AAAAGAGCAGGCUACCGUCCAAUUACAGGGAUGAUGAUAUCUGCUGGACAUACUCUGCUUGCUUCUUUAACUCCUACUCAUUCCGUUAUCCUAAAACCCCAUGGCAGAUCAUUGACGAACUUAUUUUGUGGAAGUACUUCAAAAUCAAGGAAACUGCAUUCCUACCAUCAGAAGUACCUUUAUCACACAGAAUCUAUUAUGGUUGUUGCUCACUAUCCUCCCCCUUGGUUCAGUGUUGCACCCAUGAUGGAGUGGACAGAUAAUCAUUAUAGGACCAUGGCUCGGCUCAUCUCGAAACAUGCAUGGCUAUACACCGAAAUGAUUGCUGCAGAGACAAUUGUUUAUCAGAAGGCGAAUUUGGAUAGAUUCUUGGAAUUUGGUCCGGAGCAACAUCCUAUAGUUCUUCAAAUUGGGGGAAAUAAUUUGGAAAACAUUGCUAAAGCAACUCAACUUGCAAAUCCUUAUGGAUAUGACGAGAUCAAUUUCAACUGUGGAUGUCCUAGUCCGAAGGUUGCUGGACAUGGGUGUUUUGGGGUGCGUCUUAUGCUUGAUCCAAAGUUUGUAGCUGAGGCCAUGUCAGUGAUUGCGGCAAAUACAGAUGUUCCUGUUAGUGUCAAAUGUCGAAUUGGUGUUGAUGAUCAUGAUUCAUACAAUGAGCUAUGUGAUUUCAUAUAUAAAGUUUCGUCUCAAUCACCAACUAAGCAUUUCAUCAUACACUCGCGAAAGGCAUUACUUAAUGGAAUUAGUCCAGCCGAAAAUAGAACAAUUCCUCCCUUGAAAUAUGAAUACUACUAUGCUCUAGUGCGUGAUUUUCCUGAUCUGCGGUUUACUAUUAAUGGAGGCAUAAACACCGUUGAUGAGGUGAAUGCAGCAAUAAAGGAAGGAGCCCAUGGAGUAAUGGUUGGACGUUCUGCAUACCAUAAUCCAUGGAAUCUUUUAGGAAAUGUUGACAGUGCAAUAUAUGGUGCACCUCCCUGCAAUCUAACACGGCGCCAGGUCCUCGAAAAGUAUCAGGUAUAUGGCGAUUCAGUACUGGGAAAAUAUGGACAAAGACCAAAUGUUCGGGAGAUUAUAAGGCCUUUGCUUGGUCUUUUUCACGCUGAGCCUGGAAAUGGUCGAUGGAAGCGUAAAGCUGAUGCUGCUUUCAUGCACUGCACAACGAUCAAAUCCUUUUUCGAGGAGACACUAGUCACUAUUCCUGAUUCUGUGUUGGAUUCACCUGUUACUGAGGCACUCCUUGGUCGCACAGACAUGUUCGCUAGUUCAAAAAACUUGUUACCUCAACCGUAUAGAGUUAGAGAAGAAGAGCUAUUGUACGCCUAGUAGUCAUACCAGUGGUUACAAAUAGAGACAAGCAAAUCAUGCCUGUGGAACGGAAUAUUCAUUAGAAGACUCUUGAUUUAUUUGUAUACUUUCACUCAAAGACCACUUAAAUUCUUUACUAAAGCUUAUUGACAAUGGAAUGAUUGUAGUUUCAUAGUUUCUAAUAUGUCGUCUCCUUUUUCGAUAAAUUCUGUUGUAUUGUGUUGAAAGCUAAUUGACAAUGGAACGUCGUUUUCCAUAUUUUGGC